CCCAUGAUGCUCACGAUUGGGAAGAUGGAGGAGUUAGCGGUCGAAGUGUGUGGGGAAAACGGAGCCCACUAUAAGGCGUUUGUCAAAGACGUUCACGAGAAUGAAGUCACGGUGUCUUUUGAAAAUGAUUGGCAGCCACAGAACAAGUUUCCCUUCCAAAGGAUACGGCUGCCAUCCGUGCUUCUUAAGGACGGCGAAAAGCACGAGAUAACAGAGGGCCAGGAGGUGGAGGUGUUUUCCCAUGGUGGGCCCGCCCAGGUGUACUCAAAAGCAAACGAGCAGGAGGCCUCUGGCUGGUGGGAGGCGGUGGUGAAGAUGACCAAGGGGGACUUCCAUGUGGUGGAGUACCAGGGAUGGGACACCACCUACACCGAGAUAGUGCCCGGAGAACGGCUACGUCCCAAGAAUCCCAAUCCACCUAUCUGUAAGAACACCUUUGUAAAGUUUGAGCUUGAAGUACCGGAAGACCUAAGAGAAUACUCCAAGGAUGAGUCGGCUCAUACGGAAUUCAAGAAGGCUAUUGGGGCUGCCAUGGUGCGCUACAAUGCCACAAAGAACACUCUGACUGUUAUUGCAAGGUCUGAGGCAGCCAAAAAACGGGCAGAGAUGAUGAGCGAGAUCUACUACAGGAAUCUGCGGCAAAAGUUGAUCCUGCUCAGUAAGACAGAGGAGGCGGCUCGGCAGCUGGAGGUAAAUGGCACAGCUAGAAGUGGCGCCUGCUCAGAGAAUCGUAAGUCUUCUCAAAGAGGGGACCCGAAUUCGAAGCAAAAGAGCACUCGGCUACACUCGUCCGGAGGAGGCUAUAUCGAGGAGUUCAGCGUACGGGAGGACUUGAUGGGCCUCGCUAUUGGAGCGCACGGGGCCAACAUCCAGAACGCCCGCAAGCUGGACGGCAUCACCGGCAUAGACCUCCAGGAAUCAACGUGCACCUUCAAGAUCUUUGGCGAGACGGAAGAAUCUGUGAAAAAGGCAAGAGGCUUGCUGGAAUACGCAGAGGAAUCCAUCCAAGUGCCUAGAGCCUUAGUUGGUAAAGUAAUAGGAAAGAACGGGCGAAUAAUCCAAGAAAUGGUUGACAAAUCCGGAGUGGUGAGGGUGAAAAUUGAGGGUGACAACGAAAACGAGAGCCCCCGAGAAGAGUCGGACCUGUCGUUCCAGGUGCCCUUCGUCUUUGUUGGCACCGUGGAGAGCAUUGGCAAUGCAAGGAUUCUGUUGGAGUACCACUUGGCACACCUCAAGGAAGUGGAGAAGUUGCGCCAGGAGAAGUUGGAGAUCGACCAGCAGCUACGAAGUCAGCUCGGUACCCCACACCAGGGUUACCCGCCAGCACGACGGGGCCCUCCGCCACCCACUUCCAAUUACGGGGGCCACCAGGAUGGCCACGAGGGCCACCGCGGCGGAGGUGGCCGUGGAGGUGGGCCACCUCCGCGGGGAGGCCGCGGCGGAGGACCCGGGGGACGACGCUGGCCCGGAGGAGAGGGGGGAGGACGCUUCACCAACGCUGCCGCGUACAGGCAAACACCGGAGAGACAGAACGGCAUGUCCUCCGACCUUCCGCCUCGACAGAGAGGACCCGGACGCGGUGACAGGCGAAGGGUGACAGACGAAGACGAGUCCGUGCUUGACAGUCACGAGGUUUCCAGUGUUGCCAGCCUUGACAGGGAGAGCGUAACUUCGACGGAAGGACCGAGGCGCAGGCCAGCCCCGCGGCGACGGGUCCGCAGACGCAACGGUGAGGACGUGGGUGCGCCGCCGAGCAACCACAAGAGCGCCGGUGGCGGAGGCGACCGUAGUGUGUCUGAGCCCCGCGAGACGCAGAAGCAGCCCCAGGCGACCCCCUCGGAGAACUCUGUUGUCCCCACUAAGGAACGUAGUGCAGAAGCGAAAGACAACAGGGCGCCCAAAGUGAACGGCGACGCGAGCUCGGAGGAGCACUCUCGAGCGGAGAGCACCACCCCCAAGGGUCAGAGGGAAGCGCGCCCAGACAAGAGGGCCGGUUCCAGCGCCAAGGCAGCAGCCUCAGCUACGUCUGCUACUGCUAGGGACGAACAAAUGGUCAACGGGUCAAAGUAGGAACUGUCUGGUCCACAUCGCUUUCUCUCCCUUCCGCAGUUCACCUUUCAUUUUAUGCGCUAGUGUUUGCCCAGGACUUUCCCCCGUUUUCUCUCUCUCUCUGGCUGAAGCAAAGCAGACACCCCUACUCUCCUUACCUUUCCUGACAGUAGCCACUGCUCAGUUCUAAGUUAGAUUGGCCAAUUUCUCCCCCCCUUUAGUGACGCACGUAGCGAGUGUUUCGGUUCGACGUGCAACAGUGUGAGCACACGUGUGCCCACUUUUGAGACGUGCCACAUUUAGCCCUCAGUGUAACAUACGCUCUACGAAACUCCCGGAAGGACGACGUCUGCAAGCAGUGACGGGGAACAGACUUCUUUGGUUGCCUUUGAAUGCUUAUGGUUUGGGCCUGUGCGCGAGAUCCUUUCUUCCUCUAGCCUCGUGCAAAGACAGGGAGCCCCCUUGUGUAUGACAUCUAACCUAAAUUCUUCUGCAGCCACUGAACCUUGUUUUCAGUAUCGUGAAUAAUAAAACUAACUUCUGGUAAGAACUCUGCUGGUCAGUAAUAAUGAAAUGUGCUCUGUUGUGAAUUUUUGCAGUUAGUGUGUGUGUGUGUGUGUAUAAAGAGAGGACAUAUCAGUUGGCUUCGUACUUCUAGCUCACUGGUUUUGCAAAAACUUGUGACACAGGGUUGACAGCGUGCUAUUGAAGAGUUCGCUUCUUUCUUUCUUUUUUUUUUUUUGAAGAGAUGCCCAUCUAGCAAAUGUCUCUGGCAUCAUUCGCCGAGUACAGCGUGCGAAUGAGUGUGUUCGCUGCUUUAUGAACUUUUUGAUUUAAUCUAUCUACCCCACCAACAACCUGUCCUGUUACUUCCCCUCUGACCAAAGUCUGUAGCUCGGAGCAAUGCCUAAAAAGUGGCAUACAACAGAAAAUGGUUUCCCACUUUUCCCCAAGGUACACAAUUUGUUUUUGUUUUGUUUCUUCGACACUGUUUAACUGCACUUGUUUGUUGAGUGUGACUCCUUGCCUUAGCUUAAACAAAAGUGGCAUUGGUUUGUGCUUAUUUAUUUGGAGUGUAAUGUUUUGUACUGUUCUUUUCUGUUGUCUUGAUUGUUAGCUUCGAGUUUCACUCAGUGUGUUUUCUCCCUUGUUUUUUUCUUUUGUAAAUAAACACAGUUACAUCUUUUAA